AUGGCGACAGAUGGAGUUCUGGUUCUCUCCAACGGUGUUGGCUAUGGCAUAGUUGUGGGUAUCGGGGCUUUCUUUGCUCUACUCAUGCUAGCAAUAACCUACCUGCAAAAUUGCUACACGAGCUAUUCCACGCACCAAGCCGAAGAGUUCAACACUGCCUCGCGGUCCGUCAAGCCAGGUCUCAUUGCUGCUGGCAUUGUCUCUUCCUGGACCUGGUCCGCGACGCUCCUCACUUCCUCAACAUUCGCCUAUACCUAUGGCAUCAGUGGGCCCAUGUGGUACGGCGCCAUGGGGACCUGGCAGAUCCUCCUCUUUGCAUUGAUUGCAAUAAAGAUCAAGUCUUCUGCUCCCGGCGCUCACACCUUUCCUGAAAUCGUUCUUGCCCGCCAUGGCAAGAUCGCACAUCUCACAUACCUAUUCUACGGCUGGGCCACGAACAUGCUCGUCGGAGCAUGUCUCGUCCUUGGGGGUAGUCAGGUUGUAGGAGCGUUGAGUGGAGUUAAUGUGUACGCGGCGUGUUUUCUCAUCCCGUUGGUCGUCGCGGCGUAUGUGAUUGUAGGUGGGUUGCGGAGCACUUUUAUUGCAGAUUACACGCAUACAGUCAUUCUCUUCAUAUCGAUUUUUGUUUUCGGGUUCAGCAUCUACUCGACGAAUCCCAGCGUUGGAUCUCCGUCCAGGUUCUACGAUCUACUGAUCAAGGCGUCGGCCAAUAUGCCCAUAGAUGGCAACCAUGAAGGAAGCUAUCUUACUUUCAAGAGCAAUGGCGGCCUGGUGUUUGCGGUUGAUCUUUUUGUAGCAGGCUUUAGUACUGUGUGGCUCGAUCAAGCAUACUGGCAGCGCGCCAUCGCCUCGCGCCCAGAGACAAGCGUCAAGGCAUAUAUCUUCGGUGGCAUAGCAUGGUAUGGGAUCCCGUUCGGUUUCGCUACAGCCAUGGGAUUGGGCUGCGCUGCGCUCACCUCUGCAGACAGUUUUCCCACGUACCCGAACGCUCUCAGCCCCGCACAGGUUGGCGCGGGGUUGAGCUCGCCCGCAACAGCCAUUGCCUUGCUGGGGAAAGGGGGAGCUGGGUUGAUGCUGUUGUUACUGUUUAUGGCCGUUACGUCUAGUACGAGCGCGGAAUUGAUAGCCGUCUCUUCUCUCCUCACUUUCGACGUGUAUAAAACAUAUAUCAAGCCGAGAGCUACCUCUAGUGAGCUCGUACGAGUCUCCCAUUACGGCAUCAUUCUCUAUGCUCUUGUCCUUGCGGCUUUCUGCUGCAUCCUCAACGCAGCCUCUAUCAACCUAACUUGGCUCCUCACCGUCCUCGGCAUCAUUGUAGGCGGUGCCAGCAUGCCCGUCGGGUUCAUCCUGCUUUGGAGUCGCAUGUCCACGAUAGCCGUGCUUCUUUCUCCCUGGAUCGGCUUUUUCUCUGGCCUCAUCGCCUGGUUCGUCGUCACGCAUCUACGCUCCGGAGUCAUCAACGUGGAAACAACAGGCGAUGCCACGAACGCCGUAGCAGGAAAUGUCACGAGUUGGGGCACAGGGCUCGUGACAGCUGUGCUCUUGAGCUUUUGCGUCCCCUGGAAGUUCGAAUGUGUGGACGAGGAACAUGUUGCGCGCGCGAAUAAGAUCAAUGGUGUGUCGGGGACGGGAACGGCGACGCCUGUGUUGCCUGUGGGGGAAAAGGAAAAUGCAGAGGCGGGCGCUGAUAAGGAGAUUCAGGCAAUUGAGCCGCCAAGUGACGUGCUCCCAGACACGCUCGUCAAAACAGGCAAUGAGGUUGUUGAUUUCCUCGAGGCGUCACACAUCGAGCCCAUGGAUCCAGCUGAAGUAAAACGCGCCACGCGUCUUGCCGUAGGAUUCAAUAGCCUAUUCCUCGUCGUCGCGAUUCUGUUUGUGCCGUUCCUGCUUUUUGGGGGCGAGUGGAUUUUCCCCAGGAAGAUGUUCGUGGGGUGGUGCGUGGUGAGUUUCAUGUGGGUUUGGUGUAGUAUGAUCAUCUGUGUGAUUUGGCCGGUUGUGGAGAGUUGGGGCACGAUUUGGAGAAUUGCGAGAGGCGUUGUUGGGAGCGGUGGGUGA